CAUCCCUGGGUAGAGUGAGUAUAAAAAAUGAAAGGUGGAAUUUGUUUUUGAAAUACUUAUCCACAAACCCAAUUAUCCAUUUAUAAUAAUCCGAGCAAGCAAAUCAGCCAUGAAAAAAUGCUCCUUCCCUGCAGCGCAAUUUCACCCCGCCAUCCUCGCAUCCAUCUCCCCUUCAAAGCAACCACCACCGUCCGCCGCCGCCAGAACCUCUCCGUCGCAGCCCAUUGGCCACAUCCCACAACCUCCUCCGCGAACUUCUCCAUCUCCGAUGACGAGCUUCAUUCCAGAGGCUUCAACCUCCACACCACCGCCGCCGGCCUCGACCUAGACCACCUGAACACGGUGUUCGCCGCCGUCGGUUUCCCGAAGCGCGACGUCGCCAAGGUGCGGCUGGCGUUGGAGCACACCGACGCGAUGCUGUGGGUGGAGUGCGAGAGGGAUCGGCGGCCGGUGGCGUUCGCGAGGGCCACCGGCGACGGAGUGUUCAACGGGAUCAUAUGGGACGUGGUGGUGGACCCCAGAUUCCAAGGGAUUGGGCUGGGGAAGGCGGUGGUGGAGCGGAUUGUGGCCGGACUGUUGGAGAAAGGGGUUACGAACAUUGCGCUGUAUUCGGAGCCCCGGGUUCUAGGGUUCUACCGGUCCAUGGGCUUUGUGGCCGACCCGGAUGGUAUCAGGGGAAUGGUGUAUUCUAGAAAGCGAAAGGGGUAAAAAAAAUUGAUUGCGAACCCGCGUUUUACCCAUAUUUGAAAGUACAGUUAAUGAUUUACUACUCUAAAAUGGGUAAUUCCCCAUUUGUAUUGGAAAAGAUUUGUUUCAAUCGUUUUGAAUGGGCAAAUAUUGUAGGGGACGAAAAUGUUAUGGAAUAUGGAGCAUAAACCACUAACGUUUUU